AUGAAUCUGUUUUCAUCAGGCACGAGAGACUACGCCUGCCCUGAAUUUUUCCAAACGGGCGAGUACUAUGGAAAGCCGGCGACGGUGUACUCGCUCGGGGUGCUGUUAUUCGCCAUGUUGUGCGGGAAAUUCCCCAACUGCAAUGACCGGAACUGGAUCAAUGAGAGGAGGUGGUGCAAAGACGGCUUGACUGAGGAAUGCUGCCGUUUGAUUGAAGACUGUCUGCAGGAGGAUCCAGAUAAACGUAUUCGUCUGAGAAAGAUCUUUAAACACAAGUGGUUUCAGGACAAAGAUCCUGCAGACUGCCUCCAGACUCCCGUCCGCUCUCAAAACGAUGAUGUCAUUCAGUAUCGAGAUGAUGCUGGGUCUGACAUCGAUGAUGGUGUGGACGUUUUAAUCUUUCACACUUCAAACAGUCGGUGUGAAGAGGAGAUGGAGGGUGUGGAGAAUCACGAAAUCAAUUGCUGCCAGUAUGAGAUCGGCAGAGAGCUGGGCCAAGGCGGUUUUGGAACCGUCUAUGAGGGAACCCGUGUGCGGGAUGGCGUGAAGGUGGCAGUGAAAGUUGUCAGGAAGAACGAGCAUGUAAUGAAGGAUUACAUGGACAUCCCGGGUUAUCCUGAACCCAUUCCUCGAGAGGUCUAUCUUCAGAUGCUUGCCUGUAAGGGAGAACAUGUUCCUGCAAUCGUCCAGUUUCUGGACUGGCAGGACCGUCUGGACCACUAUGUCAUGGUCCUGGAGUGCCCUUCUCCCUGUGAGGACCUGUUGAGUUUCAUGGUGCGCGCAGGAGGCAGACUCACCGAGAAAACAGCGAAGGAUAUCAUGUGGCAAGCGACUGAAGCCGCUGAAAUCUGCAGCAUACGGGGAGUUUUCCAUAGGGACAUAAAAUUGGAAAACUUCCUGAUUAACCUGAACACGCUGGAGGUCAAACUGAUCGACUUCGGGUGCGGUGAUCUGCUUAAAAACUCAGCUUACACAGAUUUUAUGGGUAUGUUUUAUCACUUUCCUUUAUGAACAGCAGUUUACAUAAAUGCUAGAUGAUUUUGCAGAUAUUGUGAGACAUCACAUUUAUUGCACGCUAAUCUGUUCUCCUCAGGCACAGAAAUGUACUUCUGCCCUGAAUUCUUCCAUACGGGCGAGUACUAUGGAAAGCCGGCGACGGUGUACUCGCUCGGGGUGCUGUUUUUCGCCAUGUUGUGCGGAAAUUUCCCCAGCGUCCAUGACCUGGACCAGAUAAAUGAGAGGAGGUGGUGCAAAGACGGCUUGACUAUAGGUGAGAUCUUCAUCAGACCAACUGUAGUUCUGAAUGAUAGAAAACAGAACGAGUGCUUUGAUAAAAGAAUUGAAUAA